AUGGCGCCUCCCCGCGGCGGAGCUGCUGCGGCCGCUACCGCCGCACUGGACCUGACCGGCGUGCACAUUCUCGAAGCUUCCAGUGUCCCCCCGCUUCCCGAACGCGGCGGUAAUGCGGUCCAAAGGAAGGGGGCUGUUGACCCGGAUAAAGAUAGGAAGAAGGAGAAGGCUGCGGCACCGAGGAUCACCGGUUGGGGGCUCCGCGAGUACAGCAAAAUAGUUUGUGAGAAAGUUGAAGCCAAAGGAAGAACAACAUACAAUGAGGUUGCAGACGAAAUUUAUUCAGAGCUGAAGUCCAUGGCACAUAUUGGUCAAGGGUUUGAUGAGAAGAAUAUUAGGCGGAGAGUGUAUGAUGCUUUCAACGUUCUCAUUGCACUUCGUGUUAUUGCAAAAGAAAAAAAGGAGAUACGGUGGAUGGGCCUUUCAAAUUACAGAUAUGAAAAAAUAAAGAAGCUUGAGGAAGUUCGUAAAGAACUCGUCAACAAGAUUAGGAACAAGAAGGCACUCCUCCAGGAAAUCGAAAAACAGUUUGAUGAUCUCCAAAACAUCAAGUUACGUAACCAAACACUGGAAAGCUCAGCAGAGAAUGUUAAUGGCAUCCGCCUUCCAUUCGUAUUGGUCAAGACAUCUAGGAAAGCAAGGGUGGAAAUUGAGAUUUCAGAUGACUCGAAGUUUGCCCAUUUCGAGUUCAAUGGUGCACCAUUCACAUUGCAUGAUGAUCUCUCAAUCCUUGAGGGGGUAAGGCGUAACAGCAUAGGAAGAGCUGGCCGCGCCACCCUUCACUAG